GAACCGAGUGGAAACCAGGGCACAUCUACCAUCAAGAGAAGAAAAAUAAUCGGACAAAUACGAACGGAAGCCCUGUUUUUCAUUAUAUAUAAACCAACAUAUGCCACUUCAUGAUAAUCUCGAUUACAAUUUGUAGAAGCAAUUGCUAACUUUUCGAUAAUUUGGAAAGACUUGUUAUUCCGUACCUUAGCUAACGUUAACGCCAGACAGACAGCAGCACGAUUUAUUUCCUGCAGGUAAUGCUCGGCAAGUCUGUCUGCAAAACUACAGACAGAAAAAUAACUCAGUGCUCUUAGGCAAACCGAGGCCAAUAUCUAUAACAAUGGUUCAAAAAGAUAAGACGCUGGAGACUCCUCAAGUUGACGGUGAGCCGAGCCCCAGCCCAGUCUCCGGAGAGGCUCGUGCAGAGGCCGCCUGCCCGGUGGAAGAGUCCGGCAUCGGAGUCGAACCGACUGGCAACAGGAAAUUCAUCUGCGGAGUCGUGGAAGGCUUUUACGGUCGACCAUGGACUAUGGAACAGAGGAAAGAGUUGUUCAGAAGGCAGCAGAAAUGGGGACUGAAUACAUACCUUUAUGCCCCCAAAGAUGACUACAAACACAGAAUGUUCUGGAGAGAGAUGUAUUCAGUGGAAGAAGCAGAACAACUCAUGACUUUAAUUGGUGCUGCUAAGGAGUAUGGGAUAGAGUUCAUCUAUGCCAUUUCCCCUGGACUGGACAUCACCUUCUCCAAUCAGAAGGAAGUUACUGCACUAAAGAGGAAACUCGAUCAGGUUACUCACUUCGGCUGCAAGUCAUUUGCCUUACUUUUUGACGAUAUUGAACACAACAUGUGCCCUGCUGACAAAGAGGUGUUCAGCUCAUUUGCACACGCUCAGGUUUCCAUUACAAACGAAAUCUACCAGUACCUGGGAGAGCCCGAAUCCUUUCUGUUCUGCCCCACAGAGUACUGUGGAACAUUCUGCUACCCAAAUGUCCAUCAGUCUCCCUACCUCCACACAGUAGGAGAGAAGCUACUGCCUGGCAUUGAAGUGCUAUGGACAGGCCCCAAGGUGGUGUCCAAAGAUAUCACAGUGGAGUCAAUCGAGGAGGUGUCAAAGAUCCUAGGAAGAGCCCCUGUGAUCUGGGACAACAUUCACGCCAAUGAUUAUGACCAGAAGAGGCUUUUCUUGGGGCCUUACAAAGGCCGCUCCACAGAGCUCAUCCCCAGACUAAAGGGAGUCCUCACAAACCCUAACUGCGAGUUUGAGUCCAACUUUGUUGCGAUCCACACUCUGGCCACCUGGUACAAGUCUAAUAUGAAUGGGGUGCGCAAGGAUGUGGUGAUGACUGAUGGCGAGGACAGCACCGUGUCCAUCCAGAUCAAGUUAGAGAAUGAAGGCAGUGAUGAAGAACUGGAGACAGACAUGCUCUACAGCCCACAGCUUGCUCUAAAACUGGCUCUCACAGAAUGGCUAGGGGACUUCGUUGAGCCUCAUCAAUACAACAGCCGACAGGUGCCUCAGAGUGGUCCCAAAAGCACCGCCAUCGACGUGACAUCCAUGACUGCUCCCUUGCUCUGCUCUUCCACAACAGUCACGACUGUGUUCCAACAGCCCAUCAUGUCUCCAGCCAUGCCGCCUCUCUGUCUGGAUCCACUCUCACACCCCUCGGCAAAAAGACCUCAGGACAUAGAGGAGGUGGAGAAGAAGGAUUCAGACGAGGAGCCCAUGGAGAUGGUGGUUGAGAAGCUAGAUGAGCUUGAGCAGGAAGCACAAACCGACCCAGAGGAGAAGCAGGUCGGUCUCAUCUUAGUUGAGAAGAUGGCUGAGGACCUGAAGCCCAUGGAUACAGACAAGGAGUGUCUGACAGAGUCCAAGUCCCCUGAAGAGUCCAUCCAGGAGGACCCUGGGUCUGACAUCGCCCCGAUGCAGACAGAUGAUCAGCUCAAACUGGCUCCACAAGCAUUUGAGUUGUUUGUGCCCGGGCCCGACGAGAAGCCCCUGUUCACCGCAGAGCCCCUCACACUGGACGACCUGAGCCUGCUGGCAGAGCUCUUCUACCUGCCGUAUGAAUACGGACCCAAAGCCGUCCAGAUGCUGAAGGAGUUUGACUGGUUGAGAGCCAACAGCAGCGUCGUGAGCGUCAACUGCAAGAGAAAGGAAACUGAAAAGGUAGCAGAAUGGCAAUCAAGGGCAGAGAAGUUUGAGGACAUGUGCCGCUCAGUCAUCCAGAUGUUCACACGGCUGUCCAAUUCAGCCAACCACACCAUCCUAUAUGACCUCUACCCGUACAUCUGGGACAUCAAGAGCAUCAUUUCUAUGGUCAAGUCUUUUGUCCAGUGGCUAGGGUGUCGUAGUCAGUCCUCAGCACAGUUCCUUAGAGGAGACCAAGAACCCUGGGCCUUUAAGGGAGGUCUAGCAGGAGAGUUCCAGAGAUUGUUGCCAAUAGAAGCGGCAAACGAUCUUUUUUUCCAACCUCCGCCUUCAUUGCCAACCUCCAAAACCUAUUCCAUAAGGCCAUACUUUCCCAAGGAUGAGACUGCCAUUUAUAAAAUCUGUAAAGAAAUGUACUCUGAAGGAAUGGAAGAUGAACCGGUCUCUGAGGAGGAUCCUGACCUCAUAGGAGACAGGUUAGUAGGAGGUCUCCUGUCAUUGAGCUCAGACUACGGGUUUGUGUUGGAGGAUGACGAAGGGAUCUGCGGUUAUGCUCUUGGCACUGUGGACGUCCAGCCCUUUGUGAAAAAUUGCAAGAUGAGCUGGAUUCCAUUCAUGCAGGAGAAAUACCUCAAACCUGACUGUCAGAAGGAUCUCUCAGACGCUGAGAAAAUGAUGCUGAGUUUCCACGAAGAGGAAGAGGGUCUUCCAGACACUUUCCUCUCCAACUUCCCCUCUCUCAUCAAGGUUGACAUUCAUGCCAAGGUCACUGACCCCAGUGUGGCCAAAAGUAUGAUGGGAUGUCUUCUAUCUUCUCUUAAGGCAAAUGGGUCCCUUGGUGCGUUCUGUCAUGUCCGGGAGACUGAUAAGAGAAUGUUGGACUUCUACGGUAAGCUGGGAUGCUUUGAAGUGGCCAAAAUGGAGGGCUUUCCCAAAGACGUGAUCAUUAUGGGACGCAGCCUAUGAAGAAACAUCCUGCUGAAAUAACAGACUGACAGAGAGGCAGCAAGACUACGUGGCUCAAACAUGUUUGCCGCCUUCAUGAGAGAACAAAACGUCCAUGAUGAUUUUAUACUUCAUUACCAUUUGGGCUAGCCCUCCAUAAAACCUCUUUUUAGGAUUUGUGUACAGAAGCACAGCAGUCGCACACACAGAUUCCCUACGCUGCCCUUAAAUGUCACGGCUCUGUUUGAUCAGCUAAUCCGAAUCUAAAGGCAGAGGAGCGAUCUGUAAUCAGUUGAUUUGAGCCAACAUGGAAGAGUGGCACUCCAGCAAUGAUUGCAGAGUCCCACUUCUCAUAUACCUCCAGGAGGCAGGAAGUGAAAACUCCCAACAUAAGCCUUUUUCUGAUUUAAUCCAAGUAGUCACUACAUGGAUAUUGCCCGCAUUCGCUAAUGCAAAGUGUCUGUAUCUGAAAUGGAGGCAGAGUUGUGAAAUGAGAACGGUCUGUAUCUCAGGUAGUGUCUCACUACCACUGCACGGUUUUCCCAGCUUUAAAACAGUAAAGUUACACAGCUGUCCACAUGAACAGGACGACACCUUUGCACAGCAUCUGAGGUGUUGUGCAAGAGUUUGCCUUUCAUCAUCACAUCAUGGUAUUUCCAGUUGCUCCACAAUGGACUUGGAGAACGAGGCCUUUAAAGUGGUUUGUUUUUUAUCAGAAAUGCUAAAUCUGCACACACAAUAGGUGGAACAUUGGAAAAUAGUAGCUUUUGGGGUUUAUCAGACCCUCUAUGAAUGAUUAUCCCAGAGCAGCAAGAAGUAUAUUUGUUAAGAUUGUUAAAAACUCAACCAGGAGUUCCUCUGAAUCUCUGUUGAAGUACUGAAGGACAUGGGGAGAGCAAAACAAAAGCUUCCACAGGUUUAGAAACGUCAGCCUAAUUAUUUUCAGCGCUUUGCUUGUGGCCAUUUUGUUAUAUAAUGAUUUCGUUUUUGCUUAUUUCCCUUUAAGCUAUUGCCUUCUGGUUCAUUGCCUUUGGAUUUUAGGUUAAUAUUACAGAAACCAGUGUCUUCUGUUUUAGGCUUUCUAAAAAGGUAUCAGUCAGAUAUAGAAGGGUGAUUUUAGGAUAUUGGCCUUGCUCAAAUUCCAGUACUCACAUUUGAUGAAACUUUAAUCAAAUCAGCAUUUUUUUUUUAUAGCAGUACCCUGUUGGACCAAAAUCGUAAUAUUCUGAUCUGCUAUUAUAAAGAAAAACACAACUUUUAACUGGCAUUCACAUUGAAAUACAUUAGUUAAAAUGUGACCCUUUUGACUUGAAGGUGUUUUCCCUCCCACUCUCAUGAAGCUACUCAGUUUUAUUUUCUUAACCACUAAGUUCAAACCUGACUUAAAAGCAUCAGCUGAUCCGGACUAUGCUCAAGAGACAUGCUGCAACAGUUCUCUUCAACUGGUCGUUAAUAAUGGACAAUAAUGAAUUAUGUCAGCUUUCAUCCCCCCCUGCAUUGUUUUUACCCCGCAUACUCUCAAAUGAAUGUCUUAGUGAGCGGUAUGCUCUCACCAAAGUGGCACCAACUCUCACACUGUUGAGCUGUGGAUUUUGGGACUCAACGCCGAAAUUUCCUAUCCAUCCAAUGAAUGUUUUCUAUUCUGACUCGUUUCCCAUUUGUUUUUGUAAAUCUUGUGUGGGUUAAAAAAAAAAAGCACUUGGAAUAUAGAUAGGGGUGUUCUGUUGGUUUCAUGAGGAUCAUCAGUUGCUCUUCAGUAGCUGCCUGCCAAUGUGAUGUUUUGAUACUGCGUACAUUUAUAAUGUGCAUGAGGUGUAUUUGGAUUUGCCGUGGCGGUCAUUAGAAUAUCCUCAUGUUGUGCUUCAUGGAGGAAGAAGCAUGCCACUCCCCUCUGAGCAUGAUACUGUAGUCCGUAGACAGUCUGUAAACACUGUCAAUCAUAAAGUGUUAUUAUUUUGUAUAUCUUUAUUGAAACGGGGGCUCACUUUCUGUUGUCCUUUAAGGAAACCAAAGUGCUGACCUUGUUCCAUCGCCCUGUCCUGUAAAGCCAUCAGAUGUGAAACUCACCAACAGGUCUGCUCUUUGUCUUCUGAAACAACAGCAGAAUUUUCCCUCCUGUUUUAAAAUGUUUAUUUUGCAGUUGUUCGAUGCUCGCGCUUUCUUCUCUGCCAUCAGGUUUUGAUAGAACAGGGCUGUUACUGAGGGGAAAGGGCUCCUUAUGUACAUUUUGAUUAUCUGAGUUUAGGGUUGGGAGGUUCAUAAAAGUGUCUGUUUACCAAUGUAAAAUUUGUAUGUAAGAUACGUAAGAUUCAAAACUAAUAAACCAUAAUAAGUUCC